ACGUCAGUCGCUUACAAAUUGCAACAAUAAUAAACACAAUGAAUUUCAAUAGAAACGAAAGAGACGUGAAUUAAAUUGAACAAAAAUGGAAUUGUUUAGAUCAGAAUCGUAUUAUAUAUUUGUUAGAAACGAAUCAAGUUUGUGGUGGAAUCGAUUUACUGCGAAAUUUUCAGUCAGAUCAGCAUGGGAUCUGUCAGAUAUCGAAGAUAUAGAAUGCUUAGGCAUAACAGAAGGCAUUAUCGGGUUGGUAGAGCAUACCAACGUCUACGAGCCCCGGCUAAUAAUCAUCAAGGAGGCGGUACCUGUUGGCCAAAUAUAUUUUCACCACACAAUAUACAAAAUUAAGUCAAUUGCUUUUCUUAAUUCUGGGGCUGUGAACCACGAUGUUCAGCUGUCUACGUGUACUAAGCACGGCUCUUCAGGGGGGCCGAAGAGUGCUAGUAAGAAAAUGGGGGCUCGGUUGUUUGAAAACUCAGCUUUUCUAAAUAAAACUGUGGGGGCGGUGAAGAGUGUUAGUAAUACUAUAAAGACGACAACGCAACAGGCGGCUACACAGGUUAAACACACAGUGAAGAAGCAAGGCGAUCUCAAAGUUUCUGAACGCUUUGACAAACGCCUAACAGACGAACUGUACAAGAUAUUUGACGACACUGACAGUUUCUUCUACUCUCGGACCCUUGAUUUGACGAACUCACUACAACGGCAGUAUGAGAUUGAGAAAGUAUUGGAGACAGAGGAGGGGGUCACGAAGGCUGUAUCGGAUAUUACGAGGUGGUGGAAACAUGUGGAUGAUCGGUUCUUCUGGAAUAAACAUAUGCUGAAAGAUGUCAUUGCUUUAGAGAGCCCUCACUGUGACGAAUGGGUCCUACCCAUCAUCCAAGGAUUCGUCCACUUAUCCCAAAUAGCGGUGGAACCAGCGGACGCGAACCCUCUCAACACAGAGUCAUUGUCAAGCGGGGGGUCUUGCGACGAAACCUUUACGCUGGGCGUUAUAUCGCGGCGGUCGAGAUACCAAGCUGGGACUAGGUACAAUCGACGAGGAAUCGAGCCGGAAGGCCAUGUAGCCAACUACGUGGAAACUGAGCAGAUCGUCUCCAUCAUGUGUUCUGAUAGCAUACACAGGGCUUCUUUUGUUCAAGUUCGAGGUUCGGUGCCUAUUUUCUGGAGUCAGCCGGAGUACAAAUUUAGACCACCCCCGCGGCUAGAUAAGGGCGAAGAGGAAACACAGGAAGCCUUCAAAAAGCACUUUGACGAAGAGCUGAAGCUGUACAAGCAAGUGUGCAUAGUUAACUUGGUUGAGCAGCAAGGCAGGGAAAAGGUUAUAUUCGAUACUUACGGAGAACAUGUGCUGAAAUAUAACAGUCCGGACCUGAUAUACGCUACGUUUGACUUUCACGAGUCUUGCCGAGGUAUGCACUACGAGAACGUCAGUAUACUCAUUAAUGCGCUUGUGGAAGUCAUCAACGAAAUGCGUUUCUGCUGGCGCGACGACAGAGGCCUCAUAUGCAGUCAAACUGGCGUUUUCCGAGUCAACUGCAUUGACUGUCUUGAUCGGACUAAUGUAGUACAGACAGCCAUCGCCAAGUACGUAUUGGAGCUCCAACUAUGCCGCCUCGGCCUUGGAGCGCCGGGAAGUGGUCUACCGCCAGCUUUGCGCAACGCUUUCCUGACACAGUGGGCUGACAACGGAGACAUACUGUCUAGACAGUAUGCGGGCACUAAGGCACUUAAGGGCGAUUAUACACGAACAGGCGAAAGAAAAUUCACAGGCAUGAUGAAAGAUGGAAUGAAUUCAGCUAGCAGAUACUACCUCUCAACAUUCAAGGAUGCACUCCGACAAACGGCGAUAGAUGUGAUGACGGGUGAAUCGCGCCACAUUCCUGAACAACUGACCGGCAUCGAGUGCAAUGCAGUCAAGGAACAAAGCGUGGACACAACAGCUAUGGCGCAACACGUCAAAUCGCUUAUCGACGAUUGCAAAAAGCUCAUCGUGGACACAGAACCUGUAUUGGGCGCUUGGGGACUCAUCGACGCUGAUCCUAAUACCGGCGACCCAUCGGAAACGGAAAUGGAUAGCGUACUCCUCCUAACCAGCGACGCGUACCACGUGGCAGAUUACGACGAGACCUCAGACCGCGUGCUGUCGGUACAGAAAGUGCCACUUCGGGACAUCACUUCAGUGGAGCUCGGCACUGUUGAGACUAACGCCACGAUAUUCGGCGUCGGCCGCAAGAGCACAUCGGAGCCCAUAUCGUGCAUAAGAAUUAACUACACGUACAACAACGAGCCUGGCUACUUCCAUAUGUUCCGGUCUACCACCCUGAGGUUUUUCAAUAACAUGGCUGUGGUUAUUAAUACUAAAGACGAGAUGAUUGAAUCGUUGCAUUACAUCUGCGAAUCACUGGUGGUGGCGCGUGAUGUGGCUAAACUGCCGCCCAUUCCGUUCCAUAGCGGCGUCAAAUUGGAGAGGCGGAAAUCUAAGAUACAUCCAAUGCAAGCCGCGUCGAGUGGUGCCAGAUCUUCGCUAUACUUGGAUUUAUCUCGCCUCCCCACUAUCACAAGAAAUGUGAGCGAGACGCAACUAGUCGCUGACAUACGAAGCGUCGGAUCCAAAGCCCUGACCAACAUGUCAGAACAGUUCAGCAAGCUAAACAAGCUGUCUCACUCUCUCAACGCUCGCGCGCGCCGCCUUCAACUGAAGUUUGACCAGGGCUCGUCCAAAACCAAGAAAAUAUUCACACUAGGCGGCAAAACCGACACUAAGAAGAAAGGAAGCCUUUCCGACGGCAUGUCCAGUGAUUACUCGUCCGAUGAUGAAAAUAGGACUAACAUCUUCGAACCUACGCUAGACAACUUCGAGAAUACUCAACACUACAUAGGAUCACAGCAGAAAGAAAAAGACGACUGCGAACUUAUUCAAAACCCACUAUACUCCUCUAAAAUAGAGCCGAAUGAACAAUUCGACCCUAGCGUAGUCAUAACCACCCCAGUUGACAAACAAACUAUUAAAACUCCGAGCAAUAUAAGCAAGAAAAACCCUUUCGACCUAGAAGCUGAUACCUGUUCGAAUCAUUCGAAAACUCCUGAAAUUCAAGUCGAAAACGAGGAUUACAAACCUGUGCCUCCAAAUUCACUAGUACUCUCACAGAAGUUAUCUCACAGCUCCAGCGAUAUAACUAUAGAUCAUAUAUCCCUACAGGCAGAAGGGGUGAACUACCAUAGGUCUAAUUCUCAGCAUGAGAUCACUUUGAACAUAGCGCAGAGUCACAGCGAGUCGGCGCUGCGACAGUUGAAGAGUAUGGCUAGUCCUGUGGCCGCUACUAAGGAUAUGGUGUUGUCGCCGCUAACGAAAUUGGCUAAGGGCGUGCAAAGUUUGGGGGCGAAUUUGGAUCCGAGGAAAAUCAAGGGCCCAACGACUGCGGUGAAGCAUAUAACCGAGCAACAAUACGAAGAGCACAGAAAACUGCAAGAGAAAUGGCGGGACUGCAACACUCGCCUCGUCGCGCUGUGAGUGACCUAACGAUUAUAUCGCGUCGCUGUGAGUGACCCACAGAACACCUCUACUAAUAGACCACCAGUAUGGCCACUCCCGCUCCCCGCUGAAAGUGC